AUGUUGGUGAAACAGAAAAAGAAGAACAAGUAUACAACCAUGUUUCGUCCUCAACCAUACAAAGUUAUCAAUGUUCGAUAUUCCAGAGUAAUAGCGCAAAGGGGUGAUCAUGUGAUUACAAGAAACGUUUCGCAUUUUAAGAAAUUUAGUGGAGCGUAUAGAGAAACUGUUCCAAAUCCUGAGUCAGAAGAUGAUAUUACCAUUGCGGCCCCACAAGCAGGACAGGACAAUGAUCAAGACAUUGAAGAUAGGUAUCCUUUAAGAGCAAACAGAGGCGUACCGCCAGAUUUUUAUGGACGGUAA